UCAAAUAAAAAAAAAGAAAAUCUAACUUUUCUCAACAAAGUAGUCUACAUUCUAGAUCUAGUUCUUGAUAAUAUAAAAAAAAAAAACUCCGCAAAAAUGAUGCUGUGUCACUCCGACGCUUUAACCCAGCCAAUCAUUGACCCCCGUCCUGAGCUCAACUACAGAACGGUCAACGGCAAGCUGAGGUUUAUCUGGGAGAGUUUACCAGAACGAGAGCACUACAAACUGGUGUUACGUAACCACUCCCAGCUGUGUCAGAUCGCUCACAGGGUCGAGGAUAUGUUUAACAUCAUACCCGAUGACGUAGUUUACAACGACUGGCCAGUCAGCUGGUUGACCGGGUUGCCCUUCUGUUACAUCAGCACCGGAUGUACGAUGGUCAAGUCCACUCUGACAGACUGUCCGGCGGAGAAGGUCGUCAGGGAGACCUGGGACCUGAUAGAGAAAGAGAAGUGCACCAUCGCCAGCCUGCAGCCCUCCAUGAUCCAGAUGCUCUCCUCCCACUGUGAAGAUAUUCCCGAGCCCCACUGGAAGCUCAAAGUCCUCAGCACCACCGGCUUCGUCCGGCAGUCCGUCAUGGACGCCAUUGGCCCGUGCACUGACGCUAUCGUCACCUGCUACUCGUUGAUUGAGGCCGGUGUGGUGUCUAGACUGAUGGUGACUGACACCACCAAGACCCGCUACACGGAGGGCUGUGUCGGUGACCUCACUGACCCCGUCAGGACGAGGUUUGACACGGAGGGACCAGGUUCAGCUAAACCUACCAAGAUCGGCGAGAUUCUGCUUCAAGGGAAACUGGUGUGUAAGGAAUAUUUUAACGACCCGAACCUGACCAAGAUGACGUUCACAGAGGAGGGCUAUCUGCUGACUGGGGACCUGGGCUUUUACAAUGAGCACAACCAGCUGUUUGUGUUGGGGAGGAAGGUCGACGCCAUUAUUCGCGGGGAAACGGCCAUAUUCCCACGUGACAUCGAGGAGAAGGUCAACCAGUGCCCUGGGAUUUGGAAGGUCAAGGUCGUUUCGAUCAAAGAUUAUAAAAAUGUCGUGCAGAUGUGCGCAUGCGUGAUCCCCCGGAAGGACGACUCCGUGACGAUCGAGCGCGUGAAAGAGUUUUGCCGCUACCAGCUGGGCGGGACCUACGACGACGACGACAACCCCCACAUGCCCACCUACGUCUUCUUCUUCGAGGAGUUUCCCAUGCACAAGGGGCGGGUCAACCGUCGGAUGCUGGCCUACAUGGCGUCGGAAAUCGUUCACGGAAACGUGGCUUGUGAAUUCUGAACUAUUCCGUCAAGUUUUUUUUUCAUGAGUUUAAAUUUAAAAAAAAAAGGUACUUUUCCCGUGUGAGAUACAAAGCGGUGGUUAUUAUUCGUUGCCUGCAGCUUCUUUAAUCAUCAAGUGGUGGAUUUGCUGUUGGGAAAUUUCUUAAUAAAACGUGCAUUUGUACAAAAUUUCCGUUCAACUAUAAGGGAGCACAUGCUUUUCUUUCAGGGAU